AUGAAUAUCCGAAUUUUACUCGUUUUGUUCCUUUUAUUUCUCCUAAAAUUUGAUAUUUUAGACAGUACUCAUCAAACAAAGAAAGGCAACAAGUUUUGGGAACCAUGCUUCGAAGAAGAGGAGAAUUUUGCUCAUUGUUCAAGCUCUGAUAAGACGUGUGCGAAAGACGAUCAUUUUAAGCUUGUUCGGUUGCCAGGGAUGCGGGUGAGCAAACGUGUUUUAUAAUUUACAUUCAUUGAGUCAACAAUUACAGAAGAAAAACUUUCGAUUCUUCUUUUGCAUAAAGUAUCUUUUUUGUCGUUAUAUUUUGCUUCCAUACCCCAUAAACAAUCGGCGGUUCAUGGGAACUGACUAAGGCGAUCACGUGGUUAAACAAAUUAAAAUGGCUUGUAGUUUAUGGCACUAGAGGCUGAAUGAAUGAUAAACCAAAAAUUAUGCUUACAAUAAUUAACAAUAGUUAAAGAUAGAAAGUUGUAAAUCGAGUUUCACACACUAGGCGAUCACAGAGACUGAAUAUAGUAUUGCAUGAGUACCUAGUAUAGGCAGAGUUUAGCUGUAAAUGUAAAAUCCAAAUUCAGGACCCACUAGAGAGACUCUGUGUAGAAUAUGUUUUCAUGACGGCACUUCGUGACCAGUUCAGUUCAGAUAAAAUCGAUGAAGUUUGAAACAGUGCGAAUUCACUUUUUAAGUGACGUUUUCGGUUUGUUCUCAUCCCGAAAUUUUUCUACCAUGGCAACGUGACGUAACGACUUCUCUCUCUAUAUAAUUAUAUUACAGACGGGUCACGUGAGUUGGUUGGAACUAGAAAAGGGAAGAAAGUACAAAUUAAUCACAAGAGCAAUGAGGCCUUUGUUAUUUGGUAAGUUGCUUUCAUCUCAUUGCCAUUUAAUUGAAACUGAAGCAGGAGAACGAUAUAUAUACGAAUUUUAUAGCCUAAUUUUGCAUAGUAGCAAACUUAAAUCAGGGUCUGCAAAAAUGUUCCUCUUCGCCGCUCAUUGUCAGUCCUCUUUAAAAAAACAAUAAAGCACUCAGGAAUUGAGAAUAUCUUUUCAUAAAAUUCAACGCUAUCUUAUAAUCGCCAGUGUCGACAAAAUAUUCAACUUUUUGUUGCAGAGAUUCCAUCUUUUUUGUCUGACGAAGAGUGCGACCAUAUUAUAUCACUUGCAAAGAAAAUAGGCCUCUAUCCCAGUGUUAUAUCACGUGAUCAGUUCCGCAAAGAGGAGUUAGAAAAGGCUAUGCAAGAAGCUGGUAUGUACUCCUAGGUAAAUUGAGUAUUAUAUGAUGUGAAUAAAUUAAAUGUGGUGCUGUCUUGGUGAUGGAAUGAGACACAAUAAUUAAACACUAACCAGUAGAAAAAAUUGAAAAGCUUCAAGUUUCAAGCGCUACGGGGGCAUCCAACGACCUUUUUUGGUAAAAUAACUGUUCGAGGAUGCAAAUAUUGGCUAAAGAUUUCUAGUAACCAUUCACCAUUCUAUUCCUCUGUGAUAUUCGGGGUAUUUCUACUAAUUUACUUAAGAUUUUCAAAGGCUAGGUUACGUUCUUCACAUUUCAUUACCAAGAUACUGCGAUUAUUGUUAGAAAUAGGUAACCUAAAAAUUUCGGUAUAAAGUGAAAGACAAAACGCUUCCUGAAAUUUUCUUUUGAAAAUAUUGCUAUUCCCUGACCUCGAACUUUCGACCGUACCCAACAGGGUAGUCAAAGGUCUCUGAUGAAAAGAAAAAGCCAACUGAAGCUUUCGAGACGGCCAAAGUUUCCUGUAAGAUAUCCGAAGAGAAAAUUUUUUUAGAGCAGCUUCAAAUUAACCAAACAGCUGGCCUAAAGCAUAGAAAAAACCAUUCAGAGACUUCUGACAUAUUUGGAAACAUUUAGUCGUUGGGUGCCCCUCGCGCUUACAGCUUCGUCAGAGGGAUUCGCUGUGACUUAGAAUGCUUAGUGUUUUUCUUUUUUCGAACGAAGGACUUUUUAAAAAAUGACGUUUAAGUUUCAGCAAUAAAACAAUCAACGUUCAAGAAUGGUUUUCAGCUGAGUGUAGGAUAUGAGCUAAAACCAAGCUAAUUAUUCUAGCCAAUCCCGAUACUAGUAGAUAAUAGAACGAAUUCAAAAUGAUCAGAAAAAGCAGCAAAAACAUGAACAUGUACCUGAUUGGAAGAGGUUUUUGUUAUCGACCAAUGGCAUUUUUUUGUGUUUUUACUGUCCUUCAUUAAGCGAGCAAAAAACUGAUUGUAAAAAAAUUUCUUUCAGCUCGCUUUUAUCAGUAUGAAAGCCAACGGUCAGGUUAGGGUUAGGGUUAAACCAAAAACUCAACUAGUAUUACUGCAACUUUUGUUUGCUUUAAGACAGCAACGCAACCCUUGACGCCAAAGACAGUGUUGCUCAAGAUUUCAACACAUGGGAUAUUGAUAAAGAUGGUUUUAUUGAUAAUCUAGAGGUAAACAGCUCAUUUAAUGGUUUUGUUCUUUCAGCAAAUCCAAAAGUCAAAUGGAUUUGCUUUUGCCAGAACUUUGAUCCGCAGAAUGUUAGUUUUCAUAAAACCAAAAGUAACUGGAGUUGUGAGCUAGAUAUCUAAAUUGAAAAUUGGUUAUGGCUAUGUAAUAUUCUCAUAAACGAGCACAUCCUUUAGAUGAAGAAAGUAUGCCCGUGAAGGCUUUUUUUUUUCAGGGCCCGGCCAUUCCGCAGUGUUUAAUUGGAUUAUUAAUAUUGAUUAAUUACAGUCGACUAUCUCUUAACAGAUACCUGUUAAGAUGGCCUAUGUAAAACAGACACCAAGAGUCGCGGUCCCUGUCUUUAUUUGCUCCCUUUAUUUGACUCUCUAAAACGGACACUUGGUGUCGGUACCAAAGGUCUCGAUCUUAGAAGGAGUUGACUGUAUUCUAUUUCCAAAACUAUAUCCGUAUAGCCCCGCUUGUGGCAGUACACCGCCCCACCCCCCCACCUCUGGUCUCCACCCGGGCAUACACACCAAUUUUCAGCAACACCAUCCGGUAAACAUAUCUGUCAGAUCCUCUAAUCAUUUUCACUGAAUAAUGAACUUACUUAAGUACACUUUUCGCUGUUUACAUGCACACUUGUUUUAUUUAUGUACACUUUCUUUACAAUCGAUAUCUCCGUUACAGAUUAAAAUAUUUGCCGAAAGGUAUAAAGCAUUGCGCUUAACAGACGAAGAAGUGAACGAAAUGUAAGCAUUGACCCAAAUUAAUCUUGACUAAAUCUGUUGUUUAAAAAUAAUGGUAAUUAAGUCUGUUUGAAAUAACGUCCUCUCUUUGAAAGGAUAAGGCGUACCGCAAUGGCUGAUUACCUAACAGAAGGUAGGAUAAACUUGUCUGUAUUUUUUUGUAGUCAAAGUAAUUCAUAAUUUAGUAACCUUUAAAUGCAAACGUAAACAACUAAAUUUGGAUUUAUUCAAUAAACGUAAUUUUUUUAUAAUUUUAUAAUUAAUAAAAAUCUGAGGAUAUGAAUUAAAGUAUUCAAACACAGUCGAUGCAACGGUUACUUUAAAAUCUCUAGCUUAGAAUACGAAACCUUAAGUUCAUUAUACACUGUAAGGCUGCGUUGACAAACUUGGUGUUUCACCGCUUUGUGUGUCAGUUUAACGUGAUAAACAAUUUUCAAAUGUCGUUGUCUUUAGGAAAGGUAUCGUCUACGCUUUUUCGUCAAUGGAACUUGAAGAAAGCUCUUUCGUAUAUGGCUUACUUGAAAAAAUCAAGCGCUCAGCAUAGUUUUCGCUUUAGUGAUCAGGCCUGGUUAAGGCAAGACAGAACAGCUGAUCACGUGUUAAGGCGGCUUCAUGAAAGGUAGGUGCAGUUCAACUUAUUGAGGUCGAGAGGAUAGAAUUGGUGGACAAAUUUUGUCGAGAGCAGCGAAGUUACGAGAUGUGCAGUUUUAUUAUUAUAGAAUUGCGAUUGAUCAAGCCUUAAAUUCACGAGCCUCCUUAUAAUUUGUGCAAAAAAUAACUUCAAUUACUCUUUCAACGCUGAUAAUAUUAGCCCUUAAGAUCCGACGACGGCAACGAGAACGAGAACGUCAAAAAAGCACUAACAACAAUUUGCACUUGCAUCACGCACGACUACGACAUGAAAUUGCCUAUUUUCUCGAUUUAGGGAAAUUUCUUCUCUCUUUCUGAACUUAGAUAUGGUUCUUAGGGAUUCAGCUUUAGGAGGGUUAACCUACAUUUGACAAAGUUAGUGACUUGGAGUAACUGCUAUGAAGAUUGAAAGAACGCGAAUUCACUUUUUCGGCGACGUUUUUGCUGCCGUCGCUGUUCCUGGAUCUUAAGGUCCCUAAUUUAUCCGGGGUGUUCUGAAACCUUCAAAUUUUGUUUUCCAACCCAGUUCGAAACAUUGCCAUAAAAAUGCGUUUUUAUUUAUCUAACUGGACUCCUUUUCUAUAAAUCUAAGUUUUAAGCAAAAUCAUCUUGUUUCAUUCAAAUUCAUGACAUGAAUGUACAUGGCGGUAAAAGUGUGCUCGGCAUAUAUUUUAUCCUGCUCUUUGAUAUGGGUGUCAUAUAAUAAGGCCUAAAAGAUGGCUCAUUAAUUUCAGAAUUAUCAAGCUGACAAAACUCCCAAGAAAAAUAAUUCAAGGAAGCGAAGACAUGCAGGUAAAAAUCAUAGUUAAAAUAUUAGCGGAGCCCAGUAGCUAAGAAAAUUUGGUUAUCUAUUCAUUCGAGAAAUUUUGGCAGUCACGUGACAUACCGCAGGGAAACCAAACCACACGUUCUAGCUAGUAGUGUGGAAGCCUGCAAUGUGAUAUUGCACAUCCAUGUUGUGGUCAAUUGACAGCUGUCAAAACAGGGUAUCCGCUGACCAGUAUCACAUGACCAUAUCGCGAGCUCGAGUGUCGAUCCAAAGAGGUUACGUGCUUUUUUGAAGUCCUCUGCUGAUAAGUUACUAGUUUUCACCUGAUCGCAGGCUCAACUCCUUGAGGAUUUCUUUGCAAUGGUUCAUAUUUGUUUUUUGGAAGUAAAUUAUAAAUUCGCCGUUAGUCCCCUCGCCCUUAGCCUUUGGUCCUCUUCAUUAGAAUGCGUUUUAUGUGAUUAACACUGAUUAUUGUGGUUAUUUCACUAAAAGAGAGUAUGUACCUUAUUCAGGUCGUUCGCUAUCAAGCAUUUGGACAUUAUCAUGCCCACUUUGAUUCCGGCCUGGAACUUAACACCCCGUGUUGUCAUCAAAACCCUUCGUUAAGGCCUCCACAAUGCCGCAUUUGUAGGUAAGUUCAACCUACAUGCAGUUAAGCAAAGUACAUGAACUCCGUUUCCAGAGAAAUUCACUUCUAAGCACAACACAACUGAAUUUGCCCGUGCAAUGCAAUUUAGCAUUUUGGCUUAAUGCGCUGGUAAGCCCUAACCGUUUAUGCGACAGGGCACUCCGCCAGGUCAGUCAUAUACAAUAUAGUGCGUUCCAGAAACAGAAUCAUGCUUCUCCUUAAAUGGAAAAGAGGUUGCAGAUAGAUAGAUAGAUAGAAUGAAGAUAAAAAUCUAGAACACGCCUUGGAUUCAGGAUUCCAGGCACUGGAUUCCAGUCUUUGUCAGUGGAACCUGGACUCAAAGAUUCAAUUUCUGUCGUGGACUCAGAUUUUUUCUUUGUCCCAUGCUCGUAACUUGUUGAUCACAUCAUUUCUCAACAUGAUAUUGUUGCAGAAACCAAACAACCAUCCGGCAGCAGAAGAAUAAAUGCACUAAAUGGUUGAUGCUCUAUUUGGCGUACGGAACAUGUAGCCAUAAAAUUAUCAAAGACAGUUUCCUCAACUUUGUUAUUCAAUAAACAGUUAGGAAAUCGUAUUUUUGUCUCGAAUAUUCUGUGAGGUACACGUUAUCACCAAGAAGGAAAAGAGCAGAUGAUACUCAAGAUCCGAAGCCUGUGUUUUGUACACAGUGUUUUCUAACUCUCAAAAACUAUUGCUAUUAAAACCGCGCUGGUUACCACUCUUACGUCAACAUUUACUUAUUUGAGUGGGAAAGUCAAACCUCUAAGAGAUGAACCACUACAGGCAGCUUGAGAUGUUUCAAAGAUAUAUACAGAUGCAUUCUAAUGAGGCUGAUAAAUCUGUAUUUGCAGGUUCAUUACGAUUCUCUAUUACCUCAAUGACGUCGAGCAGGGAGGAGAAACAGCAUUUCCAGUAGCUGACAAUUUCACAGUGAAAUGGAAGGUAGGAGAUUCUUAUAUUGCCCGGCAAUCCCUUGUAAAUGUCCAAGGUGAAGAAAAGUGUUAGUGGCUUGCUGUCCACUAGAAUAUUUGUAAUAUUGGAACACACGGAACCAAAAUUUCUGCUCAGCCCGUAGGUUUGACUUGUUAAUGUUUAACUAAUCAGUGUGCAAAUUAUACUCACGUAACAAAUUACGGUGUAAAUUUUGUCAGCACUCGUGUUUACUAGAGUUUAACAGAUAUUCGCAGUAAAUGUCACUCAUAGGUCCGUGGGCGUAAAGAAGAAGUGUUCUAACUGCAAUUGCAAUGAGCAAUAAAGAAAUAAAAUUCACGAUUUCAUGUCAUGCGGCUACAGUAUCUGAAUUUGUUGGCUUUUUAUUUCCUCCUAGGACCUUGAAAAUGCAGAAGCGGUUGAAUAUAAUCUGAGUAUAAACUGUCAUGCAGCCAACUUGGUUAUUCCUCCCAAGAAAGGCACCGCUAUCAUGUGGUACAACAACUUCAUCGACGCGGACAGCGGUCUUCUUGGAAAACUUGACCGAAAUUCGUUGCAUGGUGGAUGUGAUGUAAUUAAGGGGGAGAAGUGGAUAGCUAACAACUGGCUGACAGCGCCUACUGAAAACUCCAAAUACCUUAAAAGUUCUUAUGAUGUUGGAUUCAGCGACUAA